GUUCAUGGUGGAUAAAAAUAUUGUAGGUUGCAGUUGGGUAGAACUUGGUAAAGGCACGUGGCAGAGACGUCCUCAGUCAGAUCUCCGCGUAACAUCCCGGUGUCAGAUUGAGGUUGAUGUCAGUUGCGAAGAUCUCAUUUCUCAUUUGCCUGAGGGUGAAUGGAGCAAGGUUGCCCCUUUCAGAAUCCUUAGCUUUGAUAUUGAAUGUGCUGGCAGGAAAGGAAUAUUUCCGGAGCCAAAUCAUGAUCCUGUCAUACAAAUCGCAAACAUGGUCAUACAGCAAGGAGAGCCCGAAAUAUUCAUACGAAAUGUUUUUACGUUAAAGGAAUGUGCCCCCAUUGUCGGAUGCCAAGUAAUUAGCUGUGAUACUGAGAUGGAAUUGUUACAGAGAUGGUCAGAUUUUGUUCGAGAAUCGGAUCCUGAUGUAUUCACUGGUUAUAAUAUUAAUAAUUUCGAUUUUCCUUACUUAAUCAAUAGAGCUAAGCAUCUCAACGUUCAUAAUUUUUCCUUCUUGGGUAGGAUAAAAGAUACAAGAUCUGUCAUCAAGGAUCAAAUAAUCCAAAGCAAACAGAUGGGGAGACGAGAAAACAAGAACAUAAAUUUUGAAGGUCGAGUGCCUUUUGAUCUUCUAUUUGUUUUACUUCGUGAUUACAAACUCAGAUCUUACACUUUAAAUGCUGUGAGUUACCAUUUCUUACAAGAGCAAAAAGAGGACGUUCACCACAACAUGAUAACUGAAUUGCAAGAGGGUACUGCUCAAACCAGGCGCAG